UGCCUCUUCCCGGGCUGGAUCGCUCCCUGGUGGCUGCCUCUCCCAGUCUGCAUCCUCCGUGGGCGUCGGUUCCUUGGCACGUGUGGAUCCCGAGUGGAAAAUUGAUUGGAAGGCAGCAAGAGUAGAAUCAAAAGCAAGGUCAGGACAUCUUUACCUAGCUCCCUCCAGGAAGAAGCAGUGUGAUGUGUGGAUCGUGAGCUUUCUCAAGCAAGUUAUACUCUUUAUAAGGCACAACUAGAUAUCAGGACUGGGAUGGAAGAACCUGUACCAGUGGAAGGCCAAGACCAGCUCCCAAGUCCUCAGCAGGGCUCUCUGAGGAGGGCUGUGGCUGCUGCCUUGGCUCUAGAUGGGGAAUCCACCAUGGGUCGGAAGAAAAAGAAGAAGAAAGAGUCUCGCCCAGAAUCUAUCAUCAUCUACCGGUCUGAUACUGAGAACAUGGAUGAGGAGCUUGAGGAAUCAGAAGGUGGAGAUCAACCUAAAGAGGAGGAAGGAGAGGAUUUCCUAGACUAUCCCAUGGAUGAUGGUAUAUGGAACAUGCCUUUGGACAGCCGCUAUGUCACAUUAACUGGGACCAUCACACGAGGGAAGAAAAAAGGACAGAUGGUGGACAUCCAUGUCACAUUGACAGAAAAGGAGCUACAGGAACUGACCAAGCCCCAAGAGUCAACAAGGGAAACAGCACCAGAAGGAAGAAAGGCCUGCCAGGCAGCUGUUGUGCUCUGUAUGGAUGUGGGCUUUGCCAUGAGUAACUCCUUUCCUGGUGAAGAAUCUCCAUUUGAACAAGCAAAGAAGGUGAUGACCAUGUUUAUCCAGCGACAGGUAUUUGCUGAAAGCAAGGAUGAGAUUGCUUUAGUUCUGUUUGGAACAGAUAGCACUGACAAUGCCCUUGCUGCUGGGGACCAGUACCAGAAUAUCACAGUGCACAGACAUCUGAAGCUGCCAGAUUUUGAUUUGCUGGAGGACAUUGACAGCAGAAUCCUACCAGGUUCUCAACAAGCUGACUUCCUGGAUGCACUAAUUGUGUGCAUGGAUGUGAUUCAACGUGAAACUGUGGGAAAGAAGUUUGAGAAGAGGAAUAUUGAAGUGUUCACUGACCUCAGCAGCCCAUUCAGCAAAGAUCAGCUGGAUAUUAUAAUUCAUAACUUAAAGAAAUCUAGCAUCUCCCUACAAUUCUUUUUGCCUUUCCCUGUUGGCAAGAAAGAUGGAACUGGAGACAGAAGAGAUGGCAACUUGUACUUGGGUGACUGUGGGCCCUCUUUUCUUCAAAAAGGAGUCACUGAGCAGCAAAAAGAAGGUAUACAGAUGGUGAAAAAGGUGAUGCUCUCUUUAGAGGGAGUCGAUGGGCUGGAUGAAAUUUAUUCCUUCAGUGAGUGUCUGAGACAACUGUGUAUUUUCAAGAAAAUUGAAAGGCAUUCCAUGCCCUGGCCCUGCCCAUUGACCAUUGGCUCCAAUUUAUCUAUAAAGAUUGUGGCCUAUAAAUCGAUUCUGCAGGAGAAAGUUAAAAAGACUUGGAUAGUUAUAGAUGCACGAACCCUGAAGAAAGAAGAUAUACAGAAAGAAACAGUUUAUUGCUUAAAUGAUGAUGAUGAAACUGAAGUUUCCAAAGAAGACACUAUUCAAGGGUUCCGCUAUGGAAGUGACAUAAUUCCUUUCUCUAAAGUGGAUGAGGAACAAAUGAAAUAUAAAUCGGAGGGGAAGUGCUUUUCUGUUUUGGGAUUUUGUAGAUCUUCUCAGGUCCAGAGAAAAUUCUUUGUGGGAAAUCAAGUAUUAAAGGUCUUUCCAGCACAUGGUGAUGAGGCAGCAGCAGUUGCACUUUCCUCCCUGAUUCAUGCUUUGGAUGAAUUAGACAUGGUGGCCGUAGUUCGAUAUGCUUAUGACAGAAGAGCUAACCCUCAAGUUGGUGUGGCUUUUCCUUUUAUCAAGGACUCCUAUGAGUGUUUAGUGUAUGUGCAGCUGCCUUUCAUGGAAGACUUGCGGCAAUACAUGUUUUCAUCCCUGAAAAAUAAUAAGAAAUACACUCCCACGGAGGCACAGUUGAAUGCUGUUGAUGCUUUCAUUGACUCUAUGAGUUUAAUAAAGAAAGAUGAAGAGGAAGACACCAUCAAAGACUUGUUUCCAACUGCUAAAAUCCCAAAUCCUGAAUUUCAGAGAUUAUUUCAGUGUCUGCUGCACAGAGCUUUACACCCCCAGGAGCCUCUACCCCCAAUCCAGCAGCAUAUUUUGAAUAUGCUGGAUCCCCCAACUGAGGUGACAGCAAAAUGUCAGAUUCCUCUCUCCCAAAUAAAGACCCUUUUCCCUCUGACUGAAGCCAUCAAGAGAAAAGAUCAAGUAACUGCUCAGGACAUUUUCCAAGACAACCAUGAAGAGGGACCUACUGCUAAAAAACACAAAACUGAGGAGGGAGAAGCUUUCAGCAUCUCUAGCCUGGCUGAAGGCAGUGUCACCAAGGUUGGAAGUGUGAAUCCUGCUGAAAACUUCCGUGCACUAGUGAGACAGAAGAACGCCAGCUUUGAGGAAGCGAGUCACCAGCUAAUAAACCAUAUUGAGCAGUUUUUGGGUACGAAUGAAACACCCUAUUUUAUGAAGAGCUUGGACUGCAUCAAAGCCUUCCGAGAAGAAGCCAUAAUGUUUUCAGAAGAACCACGCUUUAACAGUUUCCUGAAAGCCCUUCGAGAGAAAGUAGAAAUUAAACAGUUAAAUCAUUUCUGGGAAAUUGUUGUUCAAGAUGGGAUUACUCUGAUCACCAAUGAUGAAGCCUCUGGAAGCACUGUCACAGCUGAGGAAGCCAAAAAGUUUCUGGCUCCCAAAGAAAAUCCAGAUAAAGACACAGCAGCUGUAUUGGAAGAAGGUGGUGAUGUGGAUGACUUACUGGACAUGAUGUAGGCCGUGGACAAGUGUCGAACCAGAGUUGCUGUGACCUUGGUGCUGGGAACUCCGAUAGAACAACCUGAAGGAGGCUGCCCCGGAAACCAGAAGCUUUGGAGAUCAUUCCAGAAAGUUGGAAGUGAAUCACCCUGAGUCUCUGGGAAGUGAACACACAUGUUUAGACCCUGUACAAGUUUAUAAAGUUAUUGUUAUUUUCUGAUUGGCAUGUUAUUUCUUUUUGGUCUUAUUCUUCUUUAUAUAUUAUAAACAUGCUUUGAAAUUUCUAGAAAAUAGAUUUCACCCUGAGCUGCUGUAUUGGUGAGGAUCAAAGCCCUUGUGAAUUGUUUAGUGUCUUAUCUGGAGCCAUAGUGUAGUCAUUGGUGAGUUUUCCUACCCCUCCCCAGGAGCCCUUUGUCUGAUCCUCCCACGACAAUUCCAGUUUAUGUUGAUGGAGCAAUAAUGUUUAUUUUCUACCGACAGGUGGCCAAGUUAGGAAAAUCAUGGGUAAGGUUGACCCAUUUCUCUUUUUAGUUAAGUCUUUUAAUCAUCACAUUACCUUUGUCUGUAUACAGGUGAUUUUCUUUCACCAAAGUAGGAAGGAGGACAGUUUCCCAGCAUAAGCACUUUAAGCAGGGAGUAGUGGUAAUGUUUUAAUGAAGAAAAGUUCCUCUAUUGGCAUAACCUCUACCAUACCAGUGUACCUUGGAGAAAACCUAAAAACAGAAAUUCACUACUAGUGAUUAAGAUUAUAAAUCAUUCUACUAUUCUCUAUAUACAGACCUCAGAAAGUUUGGUAAUAUUAAACACUUCUUCCUUAAUUUUUCAGUCUUUCCCAUUGCUACCUAAGUUAGAUUUCAUAUCUCUCUUGAUAAUGUUUGCAUUCCAAAAAUGAGAAAACAGUAAAGCCCUUAUUUUCUUUUUUCCUGUUCUUAAAAUUCUUGAUGCCCAAUCACCUGGAUCCUCAGCAUCCCAAUAAAUGGUCGCAGAGACUUGACUUCAUCUUACAAAUGGCAUGUUAAAGAGGUUAAAGGCAUAAAUAAUCCAUUCCUCUGUGAAUUGCUGUUGACUAUCUUAAACACACACACACACACACACACACACACACACACACACACACACACAAGCUUUCAGUGUGGGCAGGAGAGAGAAGACUGGGCUAUCCAGAGUCCAGGCUUGAGUUACUGCGUGGCCUCUGUGAGGAUGCUGCACCUCUCCAGCAGUGUCAUAGGCUUAUUAUUUGACAUAGCACAGCCUCAAGUACCCUGUAGACCCUUAAGAUGCUUUCUACCAAUUAGCUGGUUUUAUGAAUGCUACAAAUAGAAAGUAUAGGCAGGACAUACAGACUUUGUAAAUAGUCUGCUUUCUUCAAUAUCUUUAUUUCUUUCUUCUUCCUCUUAGAACUUUGAGUCUUCCAGAACUGAGUUUCAUAAUUUUACCUAUUGCUAUUAGACUUACAUUUUCUUAUCUAGUUAUUAUGUAAAAAAUUAUAUAGAGUCUCCGUGUGAUCCAAGAAAGUGGCUUAGGACUACCAGGGAAUCAUCCUGGCCUAGUUAAAUUAAUAUUUCUCUUUCAUUCAAAUAUGCUUCUGUGGAUUAUUGAUUAUAUGGUCACUCUUAAGUUUUGAAUAUAUUGUAAGUAUUGCACCUGGGACCCAAGGAAUGGCUAUGUGCUACCAGGCCCCUCUCUUUGUAACUCUCUGUAGAGCUAAAUGCACAAGGAUCAAAGAGCAAAACAAUCAGCAUACUCCUCUCAUAUUAGCCUGUUGUAAAGAUCUUUGGAGCAGCUAGGUUGUAGCUUAUGGCUUAGAUUUUGAGUCUGCCUCCUACAUCCAGACCUUACCACCAACAAUCUACCAAGCCUGAGACAGCAAAGGCUUCUUACUGAGCCUACUCAGAAGGAAUAGACCCUGGCUUCUUGCCUGGCUGGAAACAUGGGGCAGAAGUAGAAAUGUAUAUAGUGUUUGACACACAUAUAACCUAAUCUGGCCCAAUCACCAGUCAUAUCUGUAUGUUCUUGUAGCAGGUGGGGAAUAUUAGGAGGUGCUGGGGAAAGGGGUUUCCCCUAGCUCACACUUCACCUCCGUGUAAGUAUGUCUACCUAAUCAAAAGAAGUUACUAAUCCCUGCUUAAUGUUGGCUUCAUGCAGUCAUUUUGGAAAGGAAAGAAAUGCUCCUUUUCUCCAUCUAAACAUCAUCCAAGGCUGGACUUCCUUUAGAGAGGUAUAAUGGCAUAGUGUUUCAACGCAUCACCUGGAUGUUAGUUAGAUAUUUCAGCCUUUAAUAAAUCCCACUGUCAGUAGCACUUAACAAGCUGCCUGGUCUUAUCAAGUCCCUUAACCUCUGUAAGCAACAAAAUAAUGAAAUCUCUUGCAUUCUGUCUGUGAAUACAGUGGCUUAGGAGAAGACAGAAUCUUCUCAAAGGUGAUUCACAGAUGGGUUUUCAGGAGCUGCUUGGAUAAUGGGAACAGGUGCUGCCUGGAAUGUAAAGGAAGCAGCCCUAGACACAUGUCCCAUCCUCAGUUCACAUUGCACAUUUCCCAGACCCACCUGCCUUGCACUGCAGCACUAUAGGGCAGUUAAGGGUACUGAUCAGGGCUCUGGCAAACCUGAAAUAGGGUGUUAGCAUGGGUGAGUGUCUAGAUUUCCCAGAGCCUUUCCCUGUUACCUUUUCAGUAUGCUGGAGAUUGUAACCAUCCUCACAGGGUUAUCAUUAAUAUUAAUGAGUGCAUAUUUGUAACAACAUAGUUUGUUGGUAGACCAGGAUGGGAAGGAAAGCUUAAUUUGCAGCAGAAUUCCUCCAUAAGAAUGGGUCUGGAUUGUUGCUUAAAUACUUUUGACUACUUGGAAGGUGGGGAGGUGGCAGAGUAGGGAGAGUCGUGUGGAAGGAAAGACAGCAGGAGAAACAAAGUGGCCCCAUUGUUGGUCUGGCUGGUUUCCACCCUUGAGUUGAAGAUUAUAUCAUAAAUGACGGCAGAGCUGAAGGUGGGUGAAGAGAAAGAAGAGUGAUGGGAUAGUGACAGGGGAGAACAUCUUUAAGGAGCUCAGAAGCCCAGAUGUUGACCGACAUUCUAUUCUUUGUUUUGUUUUUUGUUUUUGUACCAGGAAUUAAACUCAGGUCCUUGCACUUGUGAAGCAAGUGCCAGAAGCACUGAGCUAGAUCCCGGGCCCAACACUCUAUUCUUAAUUUGUCCAGGAUGAAAUGUGAAUCUUCCUCUCCCCACUGAAUAUUCAGCACAAUGUCCAUUUCUUGACAGUUUGUUUGGAGUUGGUUAUUUUAGAGGAUAUGUAUCAGUACUGGGAAUUGAGACCUAUUUCAAGGUGGACAAGAGUAGAAACAGGCUGCAAAGGGGAGUCCAGCGAUCUCUGUGUUAUGUGGAUACUUUGCUGUUUGAAUCUGAAAUUGAUCAAGGGUAUUUGAACUCUGCUUUUCUGUAGAAGCCCCUGUGCUUCCUUCUAUAGCCGGAAUCCAGUGUCUGUCUAACUCGUCUUUCACUAAAAAAAAAAAAUGAACCCUGUGAAAGAAACUGCAGAUAACAGCGCAGCCAGUGAAGCACAAAAGGUAGCAUGUGUGGGACAUUUGUCCUUGCUCAGAAUUUUAAAAUUGCAUUCCAGGCUAUUGAUUUGAAUUUGAUUCAUUGAGCACAAACUGGGGCAAGAUAAAAUACUCUCCUAAAUCACACACAUAUUCCAUGUGGCCAUAUUGGUUUUGUUAUAUAUUUCAAGGAAUCUGGAUCUGUCAUUAAUGCUAAGAUUACCUUACCAAGGGAUCUCUUCUGAUAAUUUUGAAACAGAUUUCCUUCUGCCUUCCCACUAGUGUUAGAAAUAGUCUUCUUGCCUAGAAGCAGAGGGAUAGACUUAGUGAAUCCCUGGCAAAUCUAGAUAAUCUUAAUACUGUAUGCAUUGUUUUACUCUCUUUCUGCCCUCUGAAGUAUAAAAGGUUGCGAAACGUUCUAUUUCUUACCAGUUUGCAUUUACAGAAGUUGGUAAAAGGUGGAAGAAAGAGGCAGUCAGGUGAUAUUUUUGAAGCCAGAUGGUACAGUUCCUAACCCUACCUAGGGAAUAUCAAAGAGCAUUGGAAAAACUCAGCAGUCUGUUCUGUUUCUCCAGCGUUAAUAGCAUCCACAAACCAUCUACAUCAAAGCAGAGUUCCUGUAUCCUGCGUCCCAGUGCUUGCCAGAUGAGAAAAGUGGGGUUUGCCACCACUCUGAGGUUUGGAAAUGUAUUCACCUCAGGGAAAAUUGGAGUUUGUCUUGGGCCAGAUGGAAAGUUGGAAGGAUGAGAUCUGUGCAGUUACUAAAAGACCAGUCCAUUCUUGGUGGUGGUUUUUUGUUUUGUUUGUUUAUUUGUUUGUUUUUGAGACAGGGUCUCAC